UAUAUGAUUUUAAUGACAUUAUUAUUAUUUAUGGAAAAUCUGAAAGUGAAGAUGAGACCAAAUCUGAAACCCAAUUGAAGUGCCAAUCAUGGAAGGUACGCCGUACGCACAGGCCAUGUGUACAGAUAUUUUAGGUAAAAGGGGGGUGACAUGUGACUGCGAUAUCGAGAUUUUCUCAAUUAUGAUACGCGCUCGUGUGAGUGCGCGUGUCGAUGGAGCCUUAGAGAAUAGAAGAUCAGACCCCAGCAUCGGUUGGAGUCACGCUUUGUCUCUAAAGCAUGUGCCCUCUACGCUUUCCCACUCGCAUGUGCACUUGUCCCACUUGCUCGCUCUCCCCCCCUUCCUUUUGCUUGCUUUCUCCGCCAUUCGCCAAUUCCCCUCCUCUGCUUCUAACAUAUCAUCUGCUUACGUGACGCUUUCUCAUUCGCUCAAUUCUUAUUAACCCUUACUCUUCUUAAUCUCAUUCAACGGUAAUAUUUUCACCUUGGGACCACCUCAUUUCUAGCCGUUGGAUGUGUGGAGAGAAGUGACAGCUUACUGACCAAGUCUUCAAUGGUUGAUAAUUCCAAUUUUAUCCCACGAUUAUGUGAGUUUCACAAAUAGAAUCUUCGUCUCACAGCCGUUAGAUCUUGUGACUUAACAAUCCGAUCACAAGUUAUAAUCAAACAAAAUAAUACACUAAAUCCUGCCUCUUUUUUCUCUCUCUUCAUUUAAACCCCGCCUAAACCCCUCCUUAAUCCCACCAUAUAUAAAUCCCCACGCUUACAAAAUACCAAUCUCUCUUCCCUGAAAAAAUAACGCAUACACAUGAACAGAGCUUCUCCUCUCUCUAUUUUCUCUCUCUAGAAAUCCGCUGUCUUCUUCUGAUUUCUAGGGUUGGAGUGUUGUAUGUAAUUGUGAUUACAGAUCCUCUAUGGCGAACGUCCACAUUAGCAACGGCGAAGCUGGGCCGAGCUCCGACUCGCUCAAGCCCAUGGUGCUCACAUCAUCAACUUCGUUCAAGGCUCGCAAGAAGCCUACCAUCUCCAGAGCUGGCUCCGAAGUCGAAGAUGUCAUCAACCUUUUGCACGGUUCCGAUCCAGUCCGUGUCGAGCUCAAUCGCCUCGAGAACGAAGUCAGAGACAAAGAUAGGGAACUGGGAGAUGCACAUGCGGAAAUCAAGGCACUGAAAUAUUCAGAACGCCUCAAAGAGAAAGCAGUUGAAGAGCUAACUGAUGAGCUACAAAAAGUAGAUGGAAAAUUAAAAGCAACUGAAGCACUCUUGGAAAGCAAGAACCUUGAGAUUAAGAAGAUAAAUGAUGAGAGAAAAGCAGCUCUGGCUGCCCAAUUUGCAGCAGAAGCCACACUUCGAAGAGUUCAUGCUGCCCAAAAAGAUGAUGAAAUGCCUCCUAUUGAAGCCAUCAUCGCCCCACUGGAGGCAGAGCUAAAGCUGGCUAGACUGGAGGCAGCAAAGUUGCAGGAUGACAAUAGAGCACUGGAUCGACUAACUAAAUCUAAGGAGGCUGCUUUACUUGAGGCUGAGAGAACUGUUGAGAUUGCUUUGGCAAAAGCAUCCUUGGUUGAUGAUCUGCAAAACAAAAACCAAGAACUCAUGAAGCAGAUUGAAAUAUGCCAGGAGGAGAACAAAAUCCUGGACAAAAUGCAUCGGCAAAAGGUUGCAGAGGUCAAAAAGCUAACACAAACUGUUUGUGAACUUGAAGAGGCUGUUUUGGCUGGGGGAGCUGCAGCAAAUGCUGUGCGUGAUUACCGGCGGAAAGUGCAAGAAAUGAAUGAUGAGAGAAAAAUUUUGGACCGGGAACUAUCUCGUGCAAAGGUUACUGCAAAUCGAGUAGCUGUUGUUGUUGCAAAUGAAUGGAAAGAUGCCAAUGACAAAGUGAUGCCUGUGAAGCAAUGGCUUGAAGAAAGAAAAUUUUUUCAGGGAGAAAUGCAACUACUUCGAGAUAAACUGGCUGUAGCAGAGCGCACAGCCAAGGCUGAAGCACAGUUAAAAGAGAAAUAUCAACUACGGUUCAAAGUGCUAGAAGAAAGACUUAGAGCAUCUCCAAGUGGUAAUUUACGCACAACUUCAGAAGGAAGAAGUAUAAGCAAUGGGCCGUCACGACGUCAGUCUCUUGGUGGGGCAGAAAACUUGUCAAGAUCAGCCUCCAACGGCUUUGCAUUGAGGAGAACAGCAAAUUCACAAUCCGGGUCGAUCAGGUCCAACAGUGCCAGUGUGUUAUUAAGAAAUGCCAAGAUCUCAUCAAGAUCAUUUGAUGGUGGUAGUAGAUCACUAGAUAGAGAUAAAGUGAUUCCAAAUGCAGCUAGGAAACAUGAAGUGCUCACUGACACCAAUGAUCAGAUCCAAAAUGCCAAGACAAUUGGUACACAUGAGGCAAGCACAAAUGGAAAUCCGAGUGAGAAAACAAAAUCAGAACUUGAUGAUUCAGUCUCUGGAGUGUUGUAUGAUAUGCUACAGAAAGAGGUUAUCACUCUUAGAAGAGCUUGCCAUGAGAAAGACCAGAGCCUUAAGGACAAGGAUGAUGCAAUUGAGAUGUUGGCAAAGAAGGUCGAUACAUUAAACAAAGCAAUGGGAGUUGAGGCCAAAAAGAUGCGAAGAGAAGUUGCUGCUAUGGAAAAGGAAGUUGCGGCCAUGCGUGUUAGCAAGGAGCAUGAUCCAAGGGCACGACGCCCAAGCGCUCCUAGAGGCUCUCAGUUGCUUUCUGCAAGGAAUGCACGAAACUCAUAGGUAAUGGAUGUGGCUGCGACCCACUGACCCAGAUAAAGGCAUCUUUUAUUUCUUCCGCCUCUGCUGUCAAUGGGUUGGUACUCUUUUGUUAUUAUUUUUCUCUUUUCGUUUUUACCUGUAUCGGCCAAGUAGUCGACUUGUAAAGAACUGACUUUAGGCUUUCCAGGAAAUGAUCCCACUCCCACUGUUGUAUAUUUUGUAUUGAAUAUUACUAAAAGUUAAUCUCAAAUUACGUGUGCCAUGAAAUUAAUAUAUAUAUAUAUAAACAAGUUGGUCAGUUUUUCCUA